AUGUCUACGAAUUUCGAAAAGCAUUUCGAGGAAGAUGUCGAUAACUGUACGCUCGAGCAACUACGUGACAUUUUGGUAAACAAAUCUGGAAACAGUAAGCUGGCUAACCGGUUUCGCGCGUUGUUCAACUUGAAGGGUGUUGCAGAAGAGUUCAAACAGGACCAAGGCCAAGCAGACAAAGCGACGCAGUAUAUCAGCGAAGCGUUUGGCGAUACGAGCGAAUUGCUUAAACAUGAGGUCGCUUACGUGCUGGGUCAGACUAAAAACAUGGUUGGAGCGCCCAUUUUGCGUGCCGUGCUUGCAGACGAGGCUCAACAAUGCAUGGUGCGGCACGAAGCGGCAGAAGCGCUCGGUGCGUUAGGUGACGCGGAGUCACUACCGGUGCUGGAACAAUUUUUCGAAAAGGACCCAUUGCUAGAGAUCCGUCAGACCUGUGAACUUGCCAUCGAACGUAUCAAAUGGCAACACAGCGGUUUGGCUAAGUCUGAAGCUUUGCAAGAAUCGCUUUACUCUAGUAUUGACCCUGCACCACCACUUGCACUUGCCAAAGAAUACGACGUCGAGGAGCUUCAACGGAUCUUGAACGACCAGAAAAGACCUCUGUUCGAGCGGUACCGGGCCAUGUUCAGACUCAGAGAUGUCGGUACCGAUGCAGCGUGUCUUGCGCUCGCUUCGGGGUUCGACGAUCCAUCUGCGUUGUUCAAACACGAACUUGCUUACGUAUUUGGCCAGAUCGGUAACCCAGUUGUCGUUCCAACGUUAAUUGAGGUGCUAGGUCGUAAGAACGAGGCUCCCAUGGUCAGACAUGAGGCUGCCGAGGCUCUUGGAUCCAUUGCCACAGACGACGUUCUACCAGUGCUACAAAAACAUUUACAGGACAAAGACGAUGUGGUUCGUGAAUCUGCCAUUGUCGCGCUUGACAUGUUCGAAUAUGAGAACAGUACUGAGCUUGAGUACGCUCCCAGCUGA